GCUGAAUCCAAAGCAACUACAGAGCAGACAGAAUCUUCCAAUAAGUCCACAACAAUUCAAUCCAGCACUUCCGGGACAGGAAUAAUGACCAAUACAAAAUUUAUCAUCAUAAUCGCAGCCUCAGGUUCUGGAUCACUAAUCAUUGUGGCUGCAAUAUUACUGAUAAGGAGAUAUCACUGCCCAAAAAAGAGUUCAAUGACCAUAGGAGAGAACAAUGACAAGACUACAGAUGCUGGGACAGAAAAAGAAAUUGUCGAUAAUCCACUCUACGGCACAACUCCAAAUGGCCAUCAAACAGAAAUAAUCAUCAAUGAGAUUUAUGACACAACUACAGGAUCUCAAGAUAUGGAAGAAAAUGCAGCAAUAGCCGAACCAUGCGUGUAUGCAGUAAUUCAGAAAAAAGAUUCGCCACAGAAUGAUGAGAAAGCUGACACUGUCACCAUCGAAGAUGAACCUUCAAGCAUUUAUGCAGUUGUGCAUAAAGACAAAAAGUAAAACUAACAGAGAUACAAUAUGAGACAUAAAAAAAACUUUGGAUCUGUUUCUAUGUGGCAGAAGAUAAAUUUGCCUAAAAACAAGCCUUUCAUAAACCCAAUGAAAAUUAAAAAAAUUCAACUUUUGAGACAUGUUUCCUAAUCUAUGACAAAAAUGCCAGAAAUGUUGCGCAUGUAGACAAAAAGUAGUUAAAUUUCCAAUGAUACAU